GUCUGGAAGGUGUUCAAGACCGGCUCUGUGUUUGAAGAUCGCUUCUUCGACGAGGACAUCCAUGCUUGCAAGAAGGCAGCGGAGCUCAUCGAACGCUUCAACCGCCGCAACUGCCGGCUAGAUUGUGCUGUCCCCAUGGUGCACCUUAACAAACCAGAGGUCUGGGUGCAGCAAGUUUCAAAGAAGCAAGGGCUGGUCGAACCUUUCAUCCACGGCCGCUAUGAGAAGUUCAACAGCAACACCGGAUGGGCCGAUGCAAGUCACGACUUGAUGCAGGCUCUGAGCCAUUACUCCUGGCACGCAUCCGAAGGGGAGUACUUGCUCUGUGACCUUCAGGGUUCCUUCAGAGAUGGUUGCUGA